AUGGAUAGAAAUGCCUUUCACACUUUAGUUCUCUUAACUAAGGAUAUUGGAGGUUUGACCGAUAGUAAAAGUGCACUAGAUGGUACUUACAUUCCCAUUAGAGUUCCAAUCCAACACAAACCAAGAUAUAGAACAAGAAAAGGAGAGAUAGCAACUAAUGUUUUGGGAGUUUGUGAUAGAAAUCUCAAUUUUACUUAUGUGUUACCUGGAUGGGAAGGUUCAGCUGCCGAUGGUUGUGUAUUACGAGAUGUUAUAGUACGAAGGAAUGGUAACUAUUAUUUGUGUGACGGAGGAUAUACGAAUGGAAAAGGAUUUAUUUCACCUUAUCGAGGUUAUAGAUAUUGGUUAAAGGAUUGGCGAGGUGAUAAUCCAUCACCUCGAUGUAAAGAAGAGCUUUUCAACAUGAGACAUGGUAGAGCUCGUAAUGUAAUUGAAAGGGCAUUUGGUUUGUUGAAAGGAUGUUGGGGAAUUCUUAGAAGUUCUUCAUGGUACUCGGUUAAGGUUCAUAACAAAAUCAUUAGUGCUUGCUGCUUGAUUCAUAAUUUCAUUCAUAGAGAGAUGGAAGUGGAUCCCUUAGACAUUGAUAUAGAAGAACAAAUGGAGUAUCAACACGAGAAUAUUGAUGUUGUUGAAUCGUCGGAGGAGUGGACCACUUGGAGGGAUGAGCUGGCGUAA